AUGGCGACUUCCACAGUUCGCAUUACCGAUGGAAUCUGUCCCAUCUUCUCCCCAGGUUCGAGAAGAGCUCACAGUCUCGACUUUUCACACUCUGAAGAUUUCUUGAGACCAGACGGCGGAGAUGGAGGUCCGCCUCGGUGGUUCUCUCCGUUGGAAUGUGGCAAACGAGCUCCGGGAUCCCCUCUUCUCCUCUACAUACCUGUCACUGACCGGACCCCUGCUCGAGACGUUGUGAAGCUGAUUGAGAGGACGGGUGAAGAAUACAAGUUGUUUUGGCCAGAACAUUCAGAGUUUGUAAGGAUCGCAUCUAAAUUUGGAGCAAAGAUCAUUCCUUUUGGCACUGUUGGAGAAGAUGAUCUUUCAUCUUUGUCAAGUACGCAAAAUCUCCUUGAUCGUGUGGUUUUGGAUUACAAUGAUCAAAUGAAGAUCCCUUUCCUCAAGAAGCUCACAGAAGAGGUAACAAAGGACACAACUAGGUUGAGGAACGGUGAAGAAGGCGAAGUGGGAAACCAAGAUCUGCCUAUGCCUGGAAUCAUUCCAAAGAUUCCGAGACGGUUUUACGUUUAUUUUGGAAAACCUAUAGAAACAAAAGAUCAUUUUGUAUACAAUGUAAACGUAAACAGAAAGAUCAUUGGGUGGAAGAGUUUGACUGAUUUUUGGGUGGAAGCUGAAGAUCUAUUGAGAUCAGACGGCGGAGAUGGAGGAUGUUUGACAUAUGGUGCCUUCACUUUCCAGACAGUGAUCCAACGCCUGCCUGCUCGAGGAGGAUGGGGUAGAUCUGGCGACCAUCUCGUGUCUCUCGCAGAAAAUUUCAGAUCUUUAUCGAGCUAUUACUUUGUGACUGGUCAUAGUCUAAAGGUGUUGGCUUUAAGCUUUAGUUCUAGUCUUGAAGAGCUUUCUUUGCUUAGCUGCGACGCUGUUGAGAGAAAGUCUGGUUCGGUGUUGGUUGCUUUGAACAAAAGCUGUGUGAAGUUGAGGAACUUGGAUGUUGCGAGUUGUCGAUUGAUUGAGGGUGAUGACGUGGAGGCUUUUGUUAUGAAGUCACAGAGGUUGAAGAAGAUUGUGGUUGAUGAGAGCAAGAUUACAGAGGAGGCGAUGAAAUGGGCUUCGUGUAAGUUAAUUGAGGUUGUUGCUGUUGUUUCAGAUAUUCCUCGGUGA